GAGUCGCUGUGCCUUUAAGACGACGUUUCAUCUGCGUGCGCGUGCAGGUUUCCCUAUAAUAAACGGGUAUUAUUUUUAUUAUCGUUAACGGCCCACGAAACGUCAAUCGCGUGUAUUCUCGUGGACAAGCGUGCGAUUUCUCAAUGCGUUAGACAUUUUAGCUAUUCAGACUACCGUUUAAGAGAUAGAAAAGAAACAAAAUGGCUGAGUUGUCGAUGGGCAAAGGGGUUUCCGCAGGAAAAAUAGCCAGUAACGUGCAGAAAAAAAUAACCAGGGCUCAAGAAAAGGUUCUGCAGAAGCUUGGCAAGGCAGAUGAGACCAAAGACCUUGCAUUUGAAGAAGGCGUGAUUAACUUUAACAAACAGCUAGCUGAGGGCACCAAACUGCAGAGAGACCUGCGAGCCUAUUUGGCUGCUGUGAAAGCGAUGCACGAGUCUUCCAAACGUGUGCAGGAGUGCCUAGCUGAUAUGUACGAACCGGAGUGGUAUGGCAAAGACGAAAUGGACUCUGUUAUAGAGGAUUCAGACCUCCUGUGGACAGAUUUUCACCAAAAACUAGUGGAUCAUGCUUUAAUCUCCAUGGACACUUAUUUGGGCCAAUUUCCUGAUAUUAAGGCCAGAAUAGCGAAGCGUGACAGAAAGCUGGUGGACUACGACAGCGCCCGCCACACCUAUGCUGCAGUAAACAAGGGCAAGAAGAAGGAGGGAGGGAUUAAAAUUUCCAAGCCUGCAUCUUUGUUGGAGAGGGCCACUCCGGGAUGGGCACAAGGAAUUCUAUCUGCUCAUAAUGUCGCUCAGACCAACCUGACCAGGUGUCAGGCAGAAGAAGAGUUAGAGAGGGCACAGAAGGUAUUCGAAGAUAUCAACAUAGAUCUUCAGGAGGAACUGCCAUCACUUUGGAACAGUCGUGUUGGUUUCUAUGUGAACACCUUCCAGAGCGUGGCUGGUCUGGAGGAGAAGUUUCACAGAGAAAUUGGAAAGCUGAGCCAAAAUAUGAAUGAUACACUGGUAAAACUGGAGAAUGAAGAAAUGUCCAGAAAAACAGGUAGCCGAGUGGAGAAGACCUCAACAAUCCAAAGGAGUGAUGAAAAUCAGGAUGCCAAUCACACUCUGAGUCUAGCAGCACCAGCUAUACCUAAAUCUCCAUCUAAGCUGAAACCUGCUGUUCCUCCACCACCUAAAGUCACUCCAUCCAAGGAUCUGAAGCAGGAGAACAUUAUUAACCUGUUUGAUGAGGCUUCUGCUGUUGGCAUUAGUGUUACAUCUCCAACACAAUUUGAUGCUCCAGCUACUAGUAAUCUUUUAGACAUGGACCUGGAUGCACUGCAGGCAGCUACCACACCGGUAGCCGCUGCUUCAGCACCACAGAACUGGGAUUCAUGGGAGUAUACUGAAAGCCACACUGAAGCAGCCCAGUCAUGGGAUGAUGAUGAUGGUAGUCAGCCUGUGCAUACUGCCCAGCCUGUAUAUCCUACCAGGGAUGAUGAUGGCAACCAACCAAUACAUGCACCAGCUGCAGAGCCCACUUGGGAUGAUGAUGGGUCCCAGCCGAUGAAGGCUGAGGGUUGGCACAGUGAUGGGCCUCAGGUAGCAGAAGGCACAGCUACCACAGAACAGCCAUCAACAGCAAAAACGACUAACGAGAGCACAGAGGUAGAAAUGCCGCCAAACUUUCUGUACAAAGUCCAAGCAAUGCAUGAUUAUACUGCCAACGAUUCAGAUGAGCUGGAGAUGAAGGCAGGAGAUGUGGUGCUUGUUAUGAUGUAUGAUAACCCAGAUGAACAGGACGAUGGCUGGUUGAGUGGAGUAAAAGAGUCUGACUGGGUUCAGAUGAAGGAUCACAGCAAAAAAGGAGUCUUUCCUGAGAACUUCACACGGAAAAUGUGAAAGCCAGGAUAUGACUUUUGCCAUUCGCUCUUCUUUCCGUGAUUCCUUUUUCCAAUUUCAUACAUCUGGAUGUUCAGUGAGAAGGGAGGUAUGCGAAUUAUCACUGCAGCAACACAGGCAGUCCACUUCGGCACAUGGGACUCGUGUAUAUACAGAGGGGUUGUCAGAAUUUGUCAGCGUAUUGAGUUUUCGGUCUGUAUUUAUCUAAUCGAAGGCGGUCUUAAAUGUGUUGUGAUAUUGUACACAGCUAUAAGACAUGUACGUCCCAGUCAGAAUUUACACACAUCCAUCUAACCUUUCAAGUCAUUUCUUGUCUGAUAAGUCAGUAUACAACAGCUAGAUGAAUAUAGGAAGUCAGUAAAUAAUACCUGUGAGUAAUAUAGCUAUUUUACUAAUAUAGACGAGAAACUCUGCAUGAUACUUCUUGAGUAGAUAUAAUCAUAUCACAGCUGAGAAUUAGGAGGACUUGAUCAUUUCAGCAUUAUUUAUAAUAGAGACUAUAACUAGCAGACCUCAAAGUACUCAAAUUUAUUGUCGCACUGUAGAAAGCUCUAAAUAUAUGCAGCUAACCAGUGACAAAUGCAGCUAAUUUAGACAAUAAAGAACAGAUAUUCUGCUCAGGAUAAAAGGUAGAAUAAUGAGCAUUAACACUGUGCCCUGUCUGGCACUCAGAUUUUCUUAGGCAAUGUAAACAUGUUUCUUCGCCUCAUUUCUUUAUCAAAUUGUUUUUAAAAACAAACAAACAUUAUUUUAUAGUAAAACGCUACAUGUCCAUGACCUCUUUCCUCCAAACAUGUGACAAUGCAAUAACGUCUUAAGUAAUCUUACUUCUUCUGCCACAACUUUCUCUGAGAUAUUCAUAUUUGUUGUGAUUGUAGGAUUUCAGUUUCUGCUGUGAUUUGUAUUAAUUAUCCUACGGUGCAUUGUUCAACCAGACGUCUGCAUUAUGCUUAUUCAACCCGAUUUCUCUGCGUUUGUAGUUUUAUUUUUCUACAUUGCGAGUAAAAUGACCGUGAAAAGAGAUCCUGGUGAGUGCGUAAUGUGCCAUGGACUGGACUCUCGGCUGGAUUUCUUAAUAAUCCACAGACCUGUUGUGUUUAAGCUCUUUAUGGAUGCUCAUCAUGUGCGCAUUAGUUUACCUGGGACCCUAACUUCCCUUGUGGUAUCACUGUAUAUCUGACAUGAACUUUAACCUUGUCAUGAUUUGCACAGUGGAAGAGAUAAACCAAUGCAGCCUGAUUCACUCUACAUGUACGGUGUACUAAGACAGUGUUUGUUUUUUUGUUUUGUUUUGUUUUGUGUCUUAAUAUUCUUCCUUCAUUAAGACACUUCUAAUGACCAAGCAUGAAAGAGCUUCAUUCAAUCAAGCAAUUAUGUGUAAUCUUGAUUUUUUUUCUCUCUCUUUUUUUGUGUUAUGCUUCAGUAAAAAUGAAAUAACGUCUCGGUGAAAGAGGAUAAGCAAAUUACUGAAGUACUUGCUGGAGUUCUAGUUGAUAGGAUUUGAUUUGAUUUGGUUAGAGAAAACACUUAUGGAGUAGCAAACACGCGUAUCCCUCAUGUACUUCAUUAUAAGAGUGUAUUUGCUUCUAUUCUUGUGCCAGUGCAUUUGUAACUGUGUAAAUGGUGACAUUUUGUUGUGCGUCAUUGAUGAAGACACAUAAUAUUCUACAGAACACAUAUGUACAGUAUAUAUGUGACCAUUGUGUGAAUGAGAUCUAAGCAUGCUUAACUCCAUGUGCAGUGUGUAGACGUAUUUAUGUUCUCUUGCUGAGGUGGGUUUCUUGUCCAGGUCCACCUUCUGCCUCUAAGCCAUGAAUAUUCUUCUAAAUCUGUGUCGCUUACUGUCAAGUCAGCUCUAAUAAAUGUUGAUUUAAUCCUACUACCAUACACUCCUCUUUACUGUUCUUCACAGGAUAUGGUUUAAUGUUAUAUCUGAUGAUCUGAAAAUAGUAGCAGUGAUGUAGAUUGUACAUAGAGAGCUUGUUUAAAUCCCUGGUGCACUAUGAACAGCUGUUGAUUGAGUACUAUAGGACUAAUAUAUCACUCACUCAUAUCGUACUGUGUUCUCAAGCAGCACCUUAAAAAAAAGGGUUCCCCAGAGAUGCAGUAUCAUGGCCUUCCUGCCCUGUUCUUGAAACAAAGCAAAGACUACUCAGUGUGAUUUACAGUUCCCUUUGAUACUAUUGGAACGGCAAGGCCAAUUAAUUUUUGUGCUAUACACCAAAGACAUCUUGGUUUGAGAUCAAAAGAUGGAUAUGAGAUGAGAGUUUAGGAUUUCAGUUGUGGAUUUUUAGGAUUUCAUGUACAUCUAGAAGUGUUAAACAACAUAAAACAUAGAACCUUUUGUAUCAGACCAGCCAAUUUGUAGGUGAGCAAAAGUAUAGGAACAGAAGUCUUGACGUAAACUAAAGUAAAUAACACUUAAUAUUUGGUUGCAUAUACCUUGCUUGGAAUAAAUUUAUCAAGUCUGCAACUCAUUCACAUCAUCAAAUUGUUGAUUUCUUCUUUUUGUGAUGCCUUUCCAGGCUUUUGUUGAGUUGG